UUAACCGGACAGGAAAGGUUUCAUAAAAUGUAAAUACUUAAGUACAUUAAAAGUUCCUACAACCCUACCUGGGGGUCUGUAGUGUACACAGUACGUGAGUAAAUGUACUUCCACUGAUGUCAAACAUCAGUGUUAAUUAGUUUGUAUUUUCCUUUCAUCCAGGUCGAGCUGUUGGUUUGUGAUGGAAUAUUCCAAACUGUAGCCAAACACGUAAAACCAACCUCGCGCCUCAGUAAUUCAUUAGACGCUGAAUAAAUUAUUGAAAUAUACGCGUCAAUCAGCGGGUGUCGGAAAAAAGAAAAAAAAGAAAAGAAAGAAUACCAGGAGCUCAUCUUGUUCCACCAAUAGGAGGAAGAGAUCCCACACUCCCUGCAGAGCUUCAGCCAAUCAGAGCGACACUUCCUCCAUUUCCUGUUGUGGUCUCGGGAGUUAGUCGGGAGCAUUCCUCCGGUCCCGGAAUGUAAAUUAAAUACCGCAGCCGGAAUAUGCAUGAAUGACUCUACUCGUCGUCUCCAAAAGGUGUUGCUCGCGACAGAGCCUCGUCUCACGGAGCCUCGGAGAUGGCAGGUAUCGGCUGUUGCACCUGAUGUCACGUUGCGUGUGUUGAUACUCCCUUGACAACCGCGGAUCGGACACCUAUAUCCAGGUGACGUUAGGGUGCUCUGUGUGCGCGCGCGCGCGUGUGUAUGUGUGUGUAUUUGUGUGUAAAGAUACACUGCAGGCUUUAAGGUAGGUUAAAUUCAUUACAGGAAAUUGCAGUCUAAUGAAACAUAAAACGAUGUAAGGUGAUAGGCUACGUUUACUCUUUUUGGUUCCGUCUUUUUUAAUUAGAGAAUAAAGUUCAAGCGGCUGGUUGAGAUCACAUGACCUAAUAUUACAUUUCAUGUAAAUAAACCGCAUAAAGGCCUGUUUGAUUGUAUAGUGGCAGUCGAGGCAUCAUAGUGACUGUCAAUACUGUAGGAUUAGUAUCAAUCGAGUGUCAAGCUAAAUGGCUGGAAUAAACGCCAAACUUCCGGUCAGAAAUUUCAAGUUAAAAGCCCAUUGCCACGCUUUAGUGGUUACUAAAAAACAAAUAAUCUAAAAUGAAUCCCACAAAAGAAUUAAAAAAAAAAUAGAAGAUUGGGAAUAUUUUGUGAUCAAAGUUAAAAUGUUAGACUAAAGUCAGAAUUCAAGACAAUAGUCCAAACUUUGAGAGUAAAGUUGGAAUAUAAUAAUAGACAAUAACCACAUAAUUCUGAUGAUAUGACACAUCUCAUUACAUAAACAUGUAGCUCAUGCACACUACUAGACUGGGGAAACAACAGUCCUUAUUCAAGGAUAAAUGUAAAUGUAAAUGUAGCCUCUACUCAAGGUUGUGUCUCUUCAGGAUAUCAAUGACGCUCAAGUGCACAAGAGUCAUACAAUAUAUACCAGACCGCUUGGAAAGAGGAGUGCUGUCUUGCUGUCUCCGUUCAGGGGCCACCAUGCCCAUCACGCUGCUGUGGGCCGUGGAUGUGUACGGCAGGGUGUCCAGCCUUUCCACAGCUGGCCAGCGCUGGGAGCGUGCAGAUGACAAGCUGCUGGAGCUGAAGCGUGUCACUGCGGGGAAGGGCCGCUGCUGGGGCAUCGGCUGCGACCACCACGUUUACCUCAACAUGAUGCCCAGCGAGACCUCCAUCCGCUACCGGGAGGAGACUUAUGAAAACCAGAGGUGGAACCCGGUGGACAGCUUCACUGACACACUGCUGCCCACCGACCGCUGGCCGUGGAGCGACGUGACCGGGAUGAAUCCUCUACCGCUCCACAGCUUUGAGCUGCCCUCCCGCAGCUGGGAGUGGGAGGGAGACUGGUAUGUGGAUCAGAGUUGUGGAGAACCCAACCAGACUGGGGGCUGGGAGUAUGCGGUCGACUUCCCCGCUAACUUCUCCCCGGACAAGAAGUGGAACUCUUGUGUCCGUCGCAGGCGGUGGAUCCGCUACAGGAGAUACACAGCACAAGGCACCUGGGCAAAGAUCCCCCUGGACUAUCCAAGGAAGCCGCCGCUGCCGCUCUGUGACAUAAGCUGCGGUGGUUGGGAGAUGAGUGACCAGUCUGGAAGGUAUCCCAACCUCUGGGGCGUGUCCCAACAAGGAGAGGUGUGGUUCAGGGAGGGUAUCCACCCUCGGGUCCCAGAGGGCUCCGGAUGGGAGGAAAUAGAAGUGCCCAAGGAGGUGGCUCAGCUAUCGGCUGGCCCCGGGGACCUCCUGUGGGCAUUACUGUGGGAUGGGAACCUGCUGGUCCGUACUGGCCUCAGCCUGGACAGCCCGACUGGCACAUCGUGGGUAGAGCUGGAAUCACCAGGAAAGGAGAUUGAAGCGCUUCAUGUGGCCGUUGGAGUCAGUGUGGUCUGGGUGGUCACUAAAGACUACAAGGUGUGGUUCAGGCGUGGCGUGAACUCCCACAACCCCUGUGGCUCCGGCUGGAUCAGCAUCGGAGGGGAGAUGAUGGUGGUGGAUGUAGGACUCAACGAACAGGUGUGGGCGGUAGGUGAGGACCGAGGCCUGUAUUUCAGAAUGGGUGUGACGUUGUCUGAACCAAGCGGGAGCGGCUGGAUUCCUGUUUCUGCCCAAUGGGGGAAUAGUAAAGAGGUUAUCCCACCCAGGAAGGAGAGUGAGAUUGGUGACCAGCUGGCUGAGGCCUUAAAAAGCUCCCUUCUGAGCUGCACUGACUCCGACUCAGAGUUAGGUCCUCCUGAUCCACAGAACGGCACUAAAGACUUCCCAGUCCUGGAGGCAGCAGCCCCCUCUGUUCUCCCUUUAGGGGGAGUGGACACACCUACACCUCCCCUGAAAACAGAGGACCCUCCCUCGGCCUUACAACAGGAUGCCCCCAAACCAUUUAUCCCUGCAAGCGACAGCUUCAUCAACAGCCUGGUGUCAGACCGGGACAAAACCUCCACUCCCCAACUCCCCAUCACAGAGGUACCGCAGGAAGAAGUCGAGGAGCCGUCCCCAGCUCCGAUACUCCCGACCCCGGAGACGGCGGGACACGACGUCCCCUGGAUGAAUGUGGAUUUGGAGGGAGCCGAAGCAGCCCGAUGUGCACAGGCCUCGUCGGGCGCCCUGGGGACUCUGGAGACCUCUCAUGGUGUUGGAGUAGAGGACGCACCGGUGUGGACCUGGGUCUCUGGUGGAGGCUGCGAUGUGGACGCAAGUUCACAGAUCAGCUGGCUUAGUCCCACAGGUCCUCUCACCAGCUCCCUGUCUCUGACUCCAGUCCAGUCAGCAGCGUGGAGCGAACAGCAGCAGCAGCAGCAGCAGCAGAACAGAGAGGAGAUCAGCAAGAAGCCGCUGGAGAGAAGCCACUCGGUGUGGGUGCGUAAAGGUGCGUUGCGCUGGUGGAGAGACUGGAAGCCUCAGCGCUGGGUGGAUGUGAGUGUUGCUCUCGAGCAGUCCACCAAGUCUGACGGCGGGAAGGACAGCAUUUUCUUUGUCUACUACACACAGUAUGAUGAGAAAAAGUACGUUCAUGUGUUUGUACAUGAAGUGACAGCGCUGGUUCCAGUGUUCAUGGACUGCCACUAUGCCUUUGCUGUGUACACCACCCAAAGGACCAAACAGAGGUGGCCCCUGGUUCUGGCAGCACAAACUGAAAAGGACAUGAAUGACUGGUUGUGCCUGUUGUCUGACUGUUGCUGUGAGUGUCGAGGGAUCACAGGACCCCCGUCCAGACAGGCCCUGUGGUCCACGACCUCAAAGGGAGACAUCAUGGUCCACGAGCCGUCCUUCUCUCUGGAAGCUCCCGCACACACACUGGCCUGUGACCUCAUGUUCUGGCGGCAGGUCCCGGGUCACCUGCGCUGUGUAGAGUCUAACAGUCUGGGGCUGGUGUGGGGCGUCGGGUGGGACGGCACCGCCUGGGUCUACAGCGGGCACAAUGGGCAACAGCCCACCCCGGGAGAUGCAGUUCAGAUGCACCAGCAGACUGAUGUGAGGAGUGUCCAUGUGUAUGAGAACCAAAGGUGGAACCCUAUGACGGGAUAUACAGACAAAGGACUUCCUACUGACCGGCCUAUGUGGAGCGAUGAGAGCGGACUGAAGGAGUGCACCAAAGGAAACACACACCCGCCCUCCCCUCAGUGGUCCUGGGUGUCAGAGUGGGCUGUGGACUACAGCGUCCCUGGAGGGACAGACAAAGAAGGCUGGCAGUAUGCUGCAGACUUCCCCACGACGUUUCAUGGCCACAAAACCAUGAAAGACUUUGUCAGGCGCAGAAGAUGGACCAGGAAGUGUAAGAUCACAUUGAGAGGUCCGUGGCAGCAGGUCCCACCCAUCCGUCUGACGGACAUCUGUCUGAUGCCAUGCCUGGCCCAGAGCAGGAUGGAGCAGGUCCCCGUCUGGGCCCUCAGCGACAAGGGAGACGUCCUGUGUCGUCUGGGUGUCAGCCCCCAAAAUCCUGCAGGCAGCUCCUGGCUGCACGUGGGCACAGACCAGCCCUUCAAGUCCAUCUCUAUCGGCGGAGCAAACCAGGUGUGGGCCAUCGCAAAGGACGGAGCGGUGUUCUACAGAGGGUCCGUCUCCCCACAAAACCCCGCAGGAGAAUGCUGGUACCACAUCCCGUCUCCCCCCAGGCAGACUCUCAGACAGCUGUCUGUUGGGAGGACCUCUGUCUUUGCUGUGGAUGAAAACAGUAACUUGUGGAUCAGACAGGGCCUCACCCCCAGCUACCCUCAGGGCUCAGCCUGGGAGCUCAUCUCUAACAACGUCACCAAGGUUUCUGUGGGACCGCUAGACCAGGUGUGGAUCAUAGCAGAGGGAGUUCCAUGCUUCCCGGCUGAGACUCCUGGAGCUGUUUGCCACAGGCUGGGGGUGGGACCCAUGCAGCCCAAGGGCCAGUCCUGGGACUAUGGUAUAGGGGGAGGAUGGGAGCACAUCAGUGUGAGGGGGAACUCAGCAGAGGCUCCUCGCGCCCCCCAUCCUCCUCCUGUCGGAGCCCCACGCAGCCCGCUGCCCCCCACACAGGUGAACGGGAACGCUGUGGGCGUGUAGCGCCAUCCCUCCUCCUCCUCCGCCCUGUUUGUGCCUGGAUCCACAUUUGUCUCCUCAGACCAUUCCCACGGGCUCUUAUUAUCCCUUCAUGUAAAGGGAAUGCACAAUCACACUCCUGAUCGAUGGAUGAAUGUUACUUCCUGGCUUGUUUCCCAGGCAGGAAGUAAUGCAGGAUGCAGUGGUGACCAAACAAGAGAAAGGGAGCACAAAGAGCAUUUAAUGGAUCUUGACGUGUUGUGGGAUAAAAAUGUAAAAGUGAGUGCACGUGUUUGAUCUAACUAGGCUUUGGCUAUUGGGUGUUUUGGGAUCUAGCAAUAGCUUUUAUUCGUCUAUAUACGGUAUCCUGUGAAAACCUCAGAGGGUGGGACUCUUCGAUAAAGGGCUAAGGCUUGGCUACUACACUAACUCGUCUUCAAACACACAAUCCCACAGUAGCCGAAAUUGUCUCGGUUACUAAAAUCUUGUUUUGUUGUUUGUUUUUGCCUGUUAUACUUUUGCAUGUGCUUUCAAUUAUUUAUUUAUUUAUUUAUUAUGCUUUUGUUGAAUUUUGUUUCUCCAUAUGUUUUGGCCUAUUAUAUGUUUGCAAUGGAGUGUUUUUAAUAUUGAAGGCUUUUUAAAAACAAAUCUUCAUACUUCACAAUGCGUUCUUAACUCGCAGAGUAACCUGGGAAAUUCCAUCUACAUUGAAAGAUGUCGCCGCUCUCUAUCCUCCUGCAAUAAAGCUCUUCCUGUUAGUAUCAUAUCCAUCUACAUAACUGCGACUGUUGUAAUUUCACAGCAGCUCUGAAACGUUACCUUCCAAGGGCAUUGAAAUGUGAAAUAAAAGUCUAAAAAUAUU